ACUAACUAUAUGUUAGUAUAUCUGCUCUCUUCCAGUGUCAUAAAUUCAUAAUCCUUUUGAAGUUGCCUCGAUCGGUCUUCCAUACUAGUACUGUCGUGUAUUUUCUUUGAUAUUUUUAAAUAAUUUCGCAAUUCAAACAAGAUUUCUUGAAAAUUUUUUAUAAGACUACUGACUAGUCUAUAGUCUCCGUUUGUGUAUGAUCCUUUUCUUUUACAACUCAAAAUUGGUUCGAGGGAUUGGCGAAAUUACACUGUGUACAAUAAUCAUGGUUUCGCCAUGCUUAACGAUGCGUUGUACGGUAGUUAAUCCUUACCACAGUUGCGCUUUCUGAACAUUGGCUUCAUUAAAAUAAUUAUUAUCAUUAUAAGCAUCUCGGUGUGACUGCAAUGGAGAAUGACUGUCCUAACGUAAAGAGAAAAGCGGGAACGAAGCCGCGGAUCCCCGAAGCAGAGAUGGACUGUAUAGAUGAACAUCAGCGCGUCCAAAAAAGACUGAAGGCAUCUCAUUUGGACGAAGAGAAGCUGGUAUGGAAUGGCAAAACAUGGGACCUUCCAGUGCGACUUGCGGGUGGCAUUAUGCGGGUGGAGAUUGAAAAUUUUGUCUGUUUUGACAAGAGAGAUUUGGAUCUGCAUCCUUAUGUUAAUUUCAUCUCGGGAACGAAUGGAAGUGGAAAGAGCACGUUAGCGAAAGCGAUUGCUAUUGCCCUGGGAUCACAAUUAACGCCUCGAAAAUCCCAUAUGAAAAUGGAACAUUACAUUAAAGCUGAUAGCAGCUCGGCGACGAUACGGCUGCAUAUUAAUAACCAAGGGACAAAUCGUUACCGCCCAAAUGAAUUUGGAGAUUCUUUGCUUUUAACCCGAACCAUCUCCAAAAGAGGGCUUGAUGGAUAUCUUCUAAGCAGACUUGAUGGGAGUCGGCCAGUAAAAGGGAGAGCUAAAUUCUUGGAAGCGGUAAAAUGUUUAGGCAUUCAGAUUGAUAAUCCUGUCUUUUUUAUGGAUCAAGAGGACAGCAAAACAUUUCUUACUAAAUAUAAACCGGAUAAACUUUAUGAGUUCUAUUAUAACGGUUCUGGUUUGGCAUAUGCGGAACAGCUGACUAUUGAAGCGGAAAUAAACGAGAGGAAAAAAAGAAAGGAAAUCGCAAUGAAGAAACAAGAACUGCGGGAGAGCGAAAAAUCGUUGACGGAAUGGCGAAAAAAAUAUGAAUUGACCAGAGUUAAUGGUGAAGAUAACGAUUUUGAGGCCACGAAGAGGAAGCUCGAUAUUUUGAAAGCCCGGCAGUUAAUGCAAGAAAUUCAGAAACUGGAGAAGGAAGUGGAAAUUAUCUAUGUAGAUCUAAAGAAAUCUCAAGAAGCACUUCGGAUCCAAGAGAGUCUAUCGACUCCCGUGUCGAGUGCGAAAAAAACAGCUUCUCGCAAUGCUAAAUCGAACCACAAAUUGGAGAAAAUGCGGCAUGAUUUGGAGCUUGUACGGACGAAGUGGAAAAAUGAAAUCCAUAGAAAAACGGAGGAGAUUCAGCAGUUGCAAGCGCAGAUUGUUGACAAAAGCGCCCUGUUGCAAAAGCGCAACCGAAGCCUUCGAAGUAACUCUCGCCGACGAACGGUUGGCAGCAGUGCUCAAGCAAAUGAACUGCAACAGGAACUAGACGAAGCACUGCAAAGACAAAGCGAACUUACAGCAACCAUUGAGAAAGAAAAGGCGCUUGAGGAUGAUAUCAUUAACUGCAGGCGCAUUGUGGAGUCACUGGAAAACGAAAGUCGCCUCCUAGAAAGUGGAGAAACCGACACUGGAAAACUCUGCUUGGAUGAUUACUGCGCCCGUGUUGUAGUUUCAGAAGAAAGCCCUCAAGUAAAGCAUAUUACGGGCCCCAUGGGUAAAUUUGUCAGCCUUCGGAAUGCACAAUGCCGACAAGCAGUUGAUCAGACUGUGGGGAAUUUCCUUCACGGAUAUAUCUUGGAUCUGUCGGUGAAAAUUGGGGAUUACAGUGGACAGUUAAUCACCGAAAUCGGCAAGGCUUGCAGGAGUUCAAAAAUUCCUGUUGCUCCAUUAAUUCUAGCCGGGAAACAGCGAUCAAACCGUGCUUCGGAAACUUCCAUACCGGUUGGAUCAAGCAAGGGAUUUCUUGUUAAGGAGGCUUUGGAUAUUAAAAGUGAACGUGUGGCUGAAGCUUUGGACAACAUUCUCAGCAGAUCCGUAGGCAUGGAUCGAUGUGAAGAGGCCCUGAAACUGUUGUUGGAUUUGAAGAUCGAAGAUAACGUGGAAAGGGUUGUGGAUUCGAAAGGAAACUCGUAUGAGAGCUGUGAAGAUUAUGUGAUAAUUAGUGCACCUGAGGAUGCUGUGUUUCAAACACCAAGCCAUUUUGAACAUGAUUCGAGCAGGGAUAUGGGAGAACAAAUAGAGGAGGCUAGGGCUUCGUUAGCCAGAGCUCAGCGUGCUUUUAAUCGAGCCCGAACUAAACACAAGAAUAUUACAAUCGAAGAUCUGGAACAACAAAAGGACGAAACUGCUCGAACCAUACAGAAUCUAACUCGCUUGCUGAAUACGUCACGAACUGGGGAUUCUGUUGCGGACUCUUCGAUGUGCUCGGAAGAUGACAGUGAAUUGGUCCAGGCUUCGUUAGCGGAAGACACUGAAAAAUUAGAAUCAAUCAAAGCCGAAAAGAGACUUCUGGAAAUUAAGAAAAAGAUGGAGAUUGCGGAAUUAGCGCAGAAAGUAAAGUCUGCCGAAGCGGAACAGUCACUGAUAAUGGUGGAGGAAGAUUUUAUCGAGCACGAAGUGACUCCAGUGAAAAGUGCUCGAAAGGGCAGAAAACGAAAGCAAGUUAUUGAAUUGGAGCAGCGUGUGCAGAUGCUUUCGAAACAACGGAAAGACAAAUUGUCUCAGAUACAAGAGAAAAAGAUGGAGUAUGAGGCACAGAAACGUGCAUUUGUGGUUCUGAACGUUGACAUCGAAAGUGUAAUUCCCACCGAAUCAUACGAUGUUCUAAAGCAACGUUUAGACAGGAUCAAAGCCAAAGAAAUUGCACAGUCGGUUGUGGGGAAUAGCAGUCUGGAGACUUGCCAGGAGAAGGUUGAAGCCUACGAAAUUACUUGCCAAACAGCCAGAGAACAGUUAGCACUAGCCGAAUCGGUUGUCACAGAAGCGGAGAAUAAAACUGAACAACAGAAAAAAAACGAGGAAAUUGUCCGCAGCCGUUUCCAGGACCGAGCAGAGCUGACAUGCGUAGCUAUUUUGAAUGACGGUGGAUUUGACGGAAAUUUGCAGUUUGACCCUGCACGAAAGGAACUGCAUUAUCUAGUGAAACCGAAAACUGCUAACAGGUUCGGUUCGCUGGAAACGCUGUCUGGAGGCGAAAAAGCUUUCGCCAUGGUGGCGUUUCUGGUUUCCUUUUGGGAGUCGAAUCAUCCAUUUCGAAUUCUUGAUGAAUUCGACUGCUAUAUGGAUAUGCAGAAUAGGGAAUCUGCAUUAAAUCUCCUGCUGAAACGAGCGUUCAGGGAUAGAAUCCAGAGCGUCUUUCUUAGCCCGCUUGAAAUCGAUUAUGAGAAGAUUUUAAAGUUGGCUGGACCCGAGAAUCGAAAUAAUAUAAAAAGAAUAAACUUGUCCACGGAAUAAGACAAUCGUCCCGUACAGAGUUUAGUGCUCUAUUUUGAUAACUCUUUGCUCGAUUUUUGUUUUGUUAUUUAUCUCACUCUUUUUCCAGAAACCUGGUGUUAUUUAUAUGCCGAAAUACCGAUGUGUCUAAAGAUUAGAGGCCUUGCUGUUUUUGUUACAUUUUGGAAGUUGUUAAUGCGGAAUAUCAUCAGUUUUGCUGUUG